AUGGCAUCCUCUUCUCGCUCGUCCUCGUCGUUGCCGUCGUCGCCGUCAGCACAUUCCUUAGCUGCUCUUGCACCAGAGAUAGUCGAGGAGAUCAUCGCGUUCCUUCCUCCCAUCCCGAAGUCGUAUCUGGCGCUCUCCCGCGUCUCGCACGCAUUCCAUUCCCUCUGCAUACGAUUCAUCUAUGGGCACAUCGUUCUCCGCUCCCCGUCGGCUCUAGUGCAGUGCUUCCGGGCCAUUGUGGCGACGCCGAAUCCGCUGGCGGUGCGAAGCAUUGAGGUGAACUGCAGACGCGAAUUGUCAUCCCUCGCAUCGUUUUCUGCCCUGGUGCAACACUGCCUCGUCCGCCUGACGAAUGUGACCCGACUCGUCAUCUUCGCCCCAGAGCAGACAACAAGCAGCUUCGUAUCCGCGCUCCAGCAGUGCUCGUUCCCAUGGCUGACGCAUCUUGAGAGCUGUUUCUCGCUCGACGAGCGGAUGUCGGCGUUUCUGAGUCGGCACCCCAGGAUCAGCUACCUCCAGCUCGACAGCCUAGAGCCCACGAGCCUGGGGGGCGAAAUCCGGCUGCCCGGACUCGAGUACUUUGUCGGCAACAGUACGUGCCUGGCGCCCGUGGCCCGACACGCGUCGUUACGCGCCGCAUUCAUCACGUGGGACGACGCAGACGAGGCCCGGGACAACCAGGACGUGUUUGCCGCCCUUGAGCGCCGCAGUACGGACACGCUGAACGUCCUGGCGUGCCGGAGACACAGCUGGAAUCUCGACCUGCUCGAGCAGAUCUCAUGGCAUCUUCCGCACAUCUAUGCGCUCAGUCUGACGAACCUGUUCUUCGUGCCUGUGAGCAGGGUGUCAGCUGAAACGUCUCCACUGGACGCGAUACGCCGGCUCUUGACUCGGUUUUCGUGCCUGCAGCGGCUGGCCGUCAGCUGCGUCAAUGUGAUGGACGCAGAUGACGCGCUACCAAUUGAGCCAAACAUGGACGGGGCCUUUGAAUCUGUCACAUCCUGGGGCGAAUCCUGCCCGUCCCUGCUUGAAUGCACUCUCCCCCAGUCCGGCACGAUGAAGUGGAUCCGCAUCUGCGACAACCUGUGGCUUCCGGACCUCGCCCACCCCACCGGACCGGGCUCGCGCUGGAUCUGGGACCGUCUGCGGGAACGGCGGUAUCCGGACUGGGACCGGAUACUCGAGACGACGCAUGCCCGGCGCGGGGGCGCUGCAGCCAUCGCGCAUAUGCGUCUGCUUGCGCUCCGCGAUGCCGCGCUGGAUUUGAGGGUGCCGAGUCACAGGAUGCCACAGGAGGAGGAGCAGCGCGAGAUCAGGUUGGGCGGCGCGGGGUCGAUGCUCGAGGAGGAAGAUGUUACAGAGACGAGGACGACAUGA